AUGGCCUUGGAGGUGCAACCACCCAGCGAUCGCAAGCGGGUGAAGGUAUACGAACUCAGAGAUAAUGACUGGUUCGAUCGAGGCACCGGCUUCUGCACCGGUCAGAUUCUGGAUGAUGAGCCGCGAAUAUUCGUCGAGUCGGAAGAUGAGCCUAACCGGGUGCUGCUGGAGACCAAGAUCUCCAAGGAUGACGGCUACCAAAAGCAACAAGAGACAUUGAUCGUAUGGACCGAACCCAAUGGAACGGACAUGGCCCUCAGUUUUCAGGAAGCUGAAGGCUGCGCCGUCAUCUGGGAAUUUGUCAACAAUGUACAGCAACAUCUGCUCAGUUUAGCACCGGGAGAAGAUGCCUUGUCCGACGAGAUUGAAAGCUAUCAGUCGAUCAUGCUCCCUGCACCCGAGCUAGGAAAUCUCCCUGAAAUCGACCAUAUCAUGAGAACCUCAAGCAUCACCCAGGCCGGUCGCGAUGCGCUAUCGAAGCUAGUCAUUCGUGAUGAGUAUAUUCCGAAAUUGAUCCCUCUGGUCUCGAUGGCCGAAGAUCUGGAGAGUCUUCCGGACUUACAUCGCUUGUGCAACAUCAUGAAGUCGCUUAUUCUCCUCAACGAUAACACAAUCAUUGAGACCGUGGUUACGGACCCUGUCAUUUUGGGGGUCGUUGGAGCAUUGGAAUACGACCCCGAGUUCCCUACCCACAAGGCCAACCAUCGGCAAUAUCUCGCCGACCAGACGCGUUAUAAAGAAGUGGUGCCCAUUAAGGACCCUCUCAUUCGCCGCAAGAUUCGAUACACCUGGCGCCUACAGUACCUGAAAGACGUGGUUCUGGCUAGGAUCCUAGAUGAUCCUACGUUCUCGGUGCUAAACUCCUUGAUCUUCUUCAAUCAGGUGGAGAUCGUAAACCAUAUACAGUCCAAUGCCCCCUUCUUGAAAGAGCUAUUCACAGUCUUUGAUCCCAGAAACGCCGACAACAAGCGCAAGGAAGAUGCAGUGCAAUUUCUUCAUCAAUGCGCAGUCAUCGCAAAGAAUUUGCAGGCGCCGGCGCGUGCUAACCUUUUUGCGAAUUUCAUCAACCAUGGCCUUUUCGCCGUCAUUGCUUUUGCCAUUAAACACCCCAAGCCGCCCUUGCGCACCACUGGAAUUGAUCUCUUGGUGUCUCUCCUUGACCACGAUCCGAUCAUGAUGCGCGGAUAUAUGCUCAAGGCUGUCAACGAAAAGAAAACGCCCCUUACAGAUACCUUGAUCGACCUGCUGCAUACGGAAUCUGACCUCGGAGUCAAGAAUCAGCUUGCCGACGCGAUCAAAGUAUUGCUGGAUCCACAAAUUCCGAUGCAGGACGCCAUGGGUCGGGCUGGACCCGAGCACUUCAACAAACCCCGCAAUAUCUUUUCGGAUACUUUUGUUCAGAACCAUUUCGACGAGUCUGCGAAGCGGCUAUUCUGGCCUCUGAAGCGACUCGAGAACCGCGACAAUCUCAAUGACCUCACAUUCCAAGAUGUAACGCUGUAUUCACAUCUUGUCGAUAUUCUUACCUUUUUCGUGCGCCAGCAUUUGUACCGGACGCGAACUGUCAUUCACAACGAAUCCCUUGCCCCUCGAGUUGCGCAACUGCUCACCGUGCCUCAAAAGCAUCUCAAACUGACUGCUUUGAAGUUCUUCCGCACCUUGAUCAGCCUUCAAGACACCUUCUACCAAGCUAUGAUGACGCGCAACAACACGUUCGGUCUGAUCCUCGACAUUGUCUACCAAUCUAUGCCACGUGAUAACCUUUUAAACUCGGCGUGCCUCGAACUGUUUGAAUUCAUCAAGCGCGAGAAUAUCAAACCCAUCGUCCUUCAUCUGGUCGAGAAGUACGGCGAGCAGAUCAAGAACAUCACCUAUGUGGAUACGUUCCAGUCCUUGUACUUGCGCUACGAGCAAUUGCAGGGCUAUGACAACGAGGCGGACUCCACUCUGUAUUCUCAGGAAGAAGAACUACCGAGCCAAAAGAUGCAGGCUAAUGGGUCGCGCUGGCAAGGCGUGAAGGAGAUGGAUGCUGCAGAAGAGGAGUACUUCAAUACUUCAGACGAUGAGGAGCAGUGGCAACAGGAUCCUCAAUCGAACACGGCAGGUCCCCCACUGACACUGAAUGGCGUGGCCUCGCCUGUAGUGAAGCCCCUGGUCGAUUAUCCUGAUGAUGACGACGAAGACGAUGCGAUGGAUGCCAAGCCUGAAGACCAGACACAGCCAAAACAAGAGUCGUCAUCACAGGAGGCAACCGGUCGAGACACUGUUAUGGGCUCGUCUGAGGAUUCACCCUCCACUCCUGUCUCACUGACGGUACAGACUCCACCAGAAAGACUAUCCGAGAAACGCCGGCGCGAGGAGGAAGAUGAUGACGAGCUGAUGAAGCUUUCGACCGGCCCCAAGCGAAGAAGCUCAACGAACGCAGGCUCGGGGAGCGCAGGGCUGCUGCGCCGGAAACGAAGCGUGUCCAUAGGCUCUCUUGGUUCAAACGAAAACAGCCCAACUCUAGGCAACACUACCACCAGCGCAGCACCAAAACGGAUCGCCAUCAACUUGAGCUCGGCGACAGUCAAAUCCACGGACAUUGCGGCAGAAAAGCCCAACAACGAAAAGGAGAACCGAGAGGAGAGUCACGACAGCCAAGGUGGAUGA